AUGAAUUUAAGCGGUGGUAUUCAUUAUGAGGAGGCUAAAGCAGAUGAGAUUGAAACUGUGGACUCCUUGAAGUUCGACCUGAGCACAAUACGGAAGGCAACCAAUAACUUCUCAGCUGACAAAAAGCUAGGAGAGGGAAAGCUUGAGGAUGGACAUAUUAUAGCUGUAAAGCGGCUGUCUAGCCAAUCUGAACAAGGCAUUGGUGAGUUUAAGACUGAAGUAGUUUUAGUUGCAAAACUUCAGCACCGGAAUUUGGUCAAGCUAUUAGGCUUUUGCCUGUCAGGAAAGGAAAAGAUACUUGUCUAUGAGUUUUUGCCUAAUAUGAGCCUUGACCGAUUUCUAUCAGAUCCAACAAAGCGGGAAUCUUUAAACCUGAAAACAAGAUUUACAAUCAUUGAAGGAUUGCGAGAGGGCUUCUUUACCUUCAUGAAGAUUCCCGACUCAAAAUUGUGCAUUGAGACCUCAAACUUAGUAAUAUUCUGUUAGAUGAAGCUAUGAAUCUUAAGAUAGCAGAUUUUGGCAUCGCAAAGCUUUUUGGGGUAGAUCAAACUCAAGACAACACUGACAGAAUCGUUGGAACAUUG